UUUGCCCUUACUCACAAAAGGAAUACGUUCCCAGAAAAGACAAAUUGCAAAAUCAAAAUUACCUAUAUAUUUAUAGUUGAAGAUGUUGGAAAAAUAUUCUUCACCUUAACUAACAUAGUCACAAGAAGGUGACAAAAACAAAAGUGCAAAGCAAAAAGCUGAAAUUUCCGUAUUGAAAUUGUGAAUGGAGAAGCAUGGAAGCAAAGAGGUCCUUCUUCUCCUCCUCUUCCACUCCAUUUUGUGGCAAUCCCGGGGCUGCCACCCUACGGAUAAAGAGGCCCUCCUCGAUUUCAAGAGCAGAAUCACUUCUGAUCCUUCCAGAUUGCUCCACUCUUGGAUUCCUUCCAAAGAUUGUUGCUCUGCUUGGGAGGGCAUCGCCUGCCAUCCUUCUUCGCGCCGGGUCCUCAACUUGAGCCGUCCCGGGCUUUUCUCAGACUCUGAUUCGCCCGUGGACACCUCUAUGACGGGGACACUGUCCCCGUUUCUCGGGAACCUCUCUUCCCUUCAACUUCUCAAUCUCGGCAGUCUCAAGAGCUUGAAAGGCCACAUCCCGCCUGAAUUAGGCAAGCUUACAAAGUUGCGCCAAAUGUUUCUGGAUUCCAACUCUCUGGAAGGCCCCAUCCCGGCCUCAUUCCAGCGGCUGAGUGAGUUAGAAAGCCUGGCUCUAAGCGACAACCAUCUCACGGGCCCUGUCCCUACAUAUCUUUUCAAGAAAAUGACAUCGCUCUCCCAACUCUGGCUCGCGGAGAACUUCUUGUCUGGAUGGAUACCAGCCUCCAUAGGCGGGCUGGUGGAGCUAAGAUACCUGGAUCUCCACGACAACGCUUUCAGCGGAACCCUACCUCAUUCCGUAGGCAGCCUCCACAACCUCCUCCGCCUCGACUUAUCCAAAAACCGCCUAUCCGGGCCCAUACCAAACUCUAUAGGCCUUCUAUCCAAUCUCAUCGAAUUGGAUCUCAGCAACAACCAUCUCACCGGCACCAUCCCUCCAUCCAUCGGAAACCUCAAAUCCCUCACAUUCCUAGUCUUAUCCCAAAACGGGCUUUCCGGUCCCAUCCCGCCUUCCAUCGGCAACCUACAGAGGGCCCGAAGCCUCAUCUUUGAAAACAACAAUCUCAGCGGCAACAUUCCUUCCACCAUUGGCAACGUCAUCACCCUCGACGCCUUAUACCUCUCUAACAACAAACUCACCGGAACAAUCCCACCAACCAUAUCCAAACUGAAGAAUUUACUUACCCUAGACCUGUCGAAAAACGGGCUUUCCGGCCCCAUUCCGCCGCAGCUGGCUGCCAUCCCCAACCUGCAAGAGUUGGACCUCUCCUCCAACCCUCUGUCUCUCCGCAGCAUCCCUCCAUGGCUGCAGCAGCUGCCACUCUUCCGCCUCCGCCUCAGGCAGACGGGCCUCGUGGGCCAGCUGCCCGGGUGGCUGUCGUCGUCAUCACUCUCCACGCUCGACCUAUCCGGCAACUCCCUGACCGGAAAACUGCCCGGCUGGAUCGGAAACAUGACGAGCCUCUCGUUUCUCAAUCUAUCCAACAACAGAUUCCAUUCCUCAAUCCCUCACCAAUUCCAGAAUCUCUCUCUGCUAUCCGAUCUUGAUCUUCACUCCAACAUGCUGUCGGGGAAGAUGACGCCGGUGUUCUCCAAGGCCUCUGGCUUCGCCCAAGGGCAUUUCAACUCCAUCGAUCUCUCGCACAACAACUUCUCCGGCCCGAUUGACGCUGGAAUCGGAGAUUCACCUCUUAUGGGGUAUCUGGGAUCCCUCAUUCUCUCUCAUAAUCCGCUCGGGGGGAAGAUUCCGGAAUCUUUGGGCAAAUUGGGGUAUCUGCAGGUGCUGAAACUCGAAGGCAACGGUCUGUCGGGGGAGAUUCCGGCGGAGCUGGGCGAGGCGGAGCUUCUGAAAACUGUGCUGCUGUCGGAAAACGGCUUGAGCGGGGAGAUUCCUGCGGGAAUCUUGAAUCUUGAGACUCUCGAGGAAUUUAAUGUUUCGAGGAAUCGAUUGAGUGGGAAGAUUCCGCCGCACAAAAUCGUGAUACCAGCAUCGUCGUUCGCCGACAAUCCUGGUUUAUGUGGAGCUCCACUUCCGCCAUGCAAGAAAUCUGUGUUUUAGGUUUGUCUCUAAUUUUGUUGAUGCUACACAAAGAUCGAAGAUCAUAGUUGAAUGUGCCAUGAUGUUUAGUUCUUCAUAAUUUCGAUGUUCUUUUUAACUUUC